AACUCUGCAAAAGCACGCCGCCGAACUCUACCUUUGAUCUGAUUUCAUUUCGGAGUUCAAUUUAUUUCUAAACAUGUCCUCGUCACAAAGAAUAAUGAACGUCGAUGACGCAAACAGAUUCAAUGCAUUGUACAUUUCCCCAGUGCUGCAACGUAUGAUAAAAGAUUUACUGGUCCCACAUAUUACCAUGUUGGAGAAGAUGGAGAAUGCAACUGAAUUGACAAUGAUACAGCGUACGGUGCCUCGACCAAGUUCAGAUUGGUGGCCAAUCUACAGUUUUAAAACCUAUGCUUGUGAUAAGGUUGACAUAAGGGGUGUCUUGGUGCUGACGCAUAAUUAUAUAAAAAGCAUGCCACCGGAACUGAAGAUGCUUAAUGAUACUUUCAAAGUGUUUGCCGACAAUCAAAUAAGUCGAUAUAAUCUUGCAGAAAACGAUAUAGAAACAUGUAAUGCAUAUCAUCUGGCCAACAAGAUGUUCUCAGACAUGUAUGUCUUUGUAGUUUACUAUAUUAAUCACCUGCAGCGGUUGCAAGAAAAUCGUAGAAAGAAAUUGAUGAAGGCUUGCAGACCGAAUAAGAUUAAAGCUCGUAUAGAACUAUUGAUCUACGACCAGUACAUCUAUAGCGAGCAUCAAAAGGCUCUAAGGAGAUUGAAGAGAGUAACGCAGAAUGCCUGUUCUUUAUUCGGCCUAGCAGAAAAGCUGUUCAUCGAGUGAGAGAAAUAGAGAUGUGUCUCCUACAUACAAUACUCAUUUUACGUUACUUUUUGCUUGAUUAUACGCUUGUAUUUUAUCCGACAACGUAAAUACACACACACAGCAGCAAAUUUCGAUUCACAGGGCGAUAAUAAAGAGUCCGCCCCCAGAGUAUU